GAGAGGAGAGGAAGCGGCGGGAAGUACGAUACGCACGCAAGCACCUCACCUCCAUCUCCCUCCUCGGACGGAAGCCGUCUCCAGAUCCAUUCGCAGGUGUUUGUGAUGGCUCCUGCUAUUGAAGCAGUGGACAAGGUUAAGGUGGCGACAGCACCUGUUAAGGCUCCUGUUCUUAAUGAAAAGACACUGUCAUCCAUGACCAGGAGACCUGGUUCAGCGCAUUCUUGGCAUGAUCUUGAGAUAGGGCCUGAUGCACCAACUAUAUUCAACUGCGUCAUUGAGAUACCUAGGGGCAGCAAGGUUAAAUAUGAACUUGACAAGAAAACUGGACUGAUAAUGGUGGACCGUGUGCUUUAUUCAUCAGUUGUGUACCCUCAUAACUAUGGUUUCAUUCCCCGCACAUUGUGCGAUGACAGUGAUCCGAUGGAUGUGCUAGUUAUAAUGCAGGAGCCAGUUGUGCCAGGCUGUUUCCUCCGUGCAAAGGCCAUCGGCCUCAUGCCUAUGAUUGACCAGGGAGAAGCAGAUGAUAAGAUCAUUGCAGUGUGUGCUGAUGACCCUGAAUACAAGCACUUCAAUGAUAUCAAGGAGCUCCCACCUCAUCGCUUGGCUGAGAUCCGGCGCUUUUUUGAGGACUACAAGAAGAAUGAGAACAAGGAGGUCGCUGUGAAUGACUUUCUGCCUGCCACCGCUGCUUACGAAGCCAUUCAGCAUUCCAUGGAUCUGUAUGCUACUUACGUUGUGGAGGGCCUGCGGAGGUAGACUGCUGCUUGGAGGCCUGGCUCGGUGUGUUGCUUGUCAUCCCCGGGACUGGGAUGAUGUUGACGAAACCUUGGAGAACGAGAUAAUAUCGCCUUAUGAACAGUCCUACCGUUGUAUUUUGUUGGUGUGGCUUAUGUACCACCUUGCAAGUAGUAGUUAGCACAAGAAAGAGUGACAAAAUAUUCUUUUGUGGCCUCAGUGCCCCUAUGUUGUACCCUUGAUGUUGAUUCCCUUGGCAAUUCAAGUCAGGCAUGAAAUAUUCAUUUUCAUGGUAAGGAAAUUCAUUUUGUCGUGUAA